AAUGGCUGCUUGUUUUUUACUCUCAUCAGGAACCUUUGCUGAGAGGUAGCGGAGCAGCCUCAGGACAUCACCAUGAUGGAGGAUCACGCACCUGGCCAGGAAAAACACUUCUCCUCAGGCUAUCCCCUUCAGAUACCAGUCGAUGAUGGAUCGGAUGAGCCUGUUUCCGAAACAUCUGACGCUAAGAGCACCCCAACUACAGAAGAUGCCACAGCACCUUUAGUGGAGGAAGGAGACCACGAGGAUCAGGGUGGUGUGGAACAGCACGGGGAGAUCCCAGAAGGAACCACAGCUGAAGAGGCGGGCGUAGGAGCCACUCCCAACCUGGAGGACCACGCUGCAGGAGAUGACACUCAAGGGGAGCCGAGCUCUCCAAAGCUCCAGCCCGGCCCUCAGGAGUGUGUGGGAGAGGCAGUGAAAGGAGAAAACCAACCCCCAAAGCAGGGACCUGGGGGCCUUCAGCAGCCACUCCUGUCACGUGAAACAAAGGCUCCAGCAGCUGCUCCCACCAGAAUUGAGGUCACCAUCCCAAUCCCCCUGGACAUGUACCAGGGCUCCAGAGCACCCGAGGACAGCAGUGAGUUGUGGGAUCAUGGAGGCAGAGAAGGCAUCGGUGUGGAACCAGAGCUGGGUCGGGAUGUGCUGGCAGGAGCAGGUGGCACAGGUGACCAUAAGGAUGGACCACCUCCUCUGUACACCAAAGCCCCACUGAAAGAAGAUUCCAGUGGGCGGGAGAGGGAUGAGGAUCGUGAUAUUGAUGAAACUUCCGAGCAGGAAUUGCUGGUUUCACCAGGACCUGGCACACGUUCAUGUCCAGCGACAGCCAAGGAGACUCUUCUUGAAGAACGUGAUAGAGAAGAGUCCAAAGAUGUCCCCAGAGACACCCCAAGAGAGGCACCUGUGGUUGAAACUCAGUCACAGAAAGCAGGAGAGGACCAAGAGGAGAAGGAAAAGCCAUUGGGGGGUGAAGGAGGUACAGACGUCACCCCAUCAGAGCCUUCUGAAAUCACCCCCCAAAAAGAAGCUGAGCCCGGGGAGGGAGAAGAUUCUGGACCCUUGCUAGAAACAGCCAAACUCCCUUCUGAGGUAAAAGGGGAUGUGGAAGACAAAGAUGCUGAGGUUGUGCCGGAUACAGGAGAGUGUCAGACGCCCAAGAAGAAGCCCAGUGCCCUCUCUGCAGACAAAGCCAGCCGCGUCCCCCUCCUCAAAGGUCGUGUUGACAAGGAAGGGACCGAAGCUGAUGAAAAGAAACCCAAGAAGUCCUCACCUUCCACUGCCAAACCCCCAGGGGACAGACCCUCCAUCCCCCCCCACCGACACACCUCCUCUAGCACAGCCCCUUCGAAACCACCCUCCAGCCCUGCUUCCGCCUCUAAGCGAGUCUCUCCUGCCACAUCCCGACCUGCCAGUACAGGAACGCCAGAAAUGAAAGCCAAGGGCCCGGAGAUGAGGGGUGGCACGAAGACGGGCACGCCGCGCUCGGGGCAGGCGCAGAGGAACUCCACCAACGCCACGCGCAUCCCGGCAAAGACCCCCACGGCCCCCAAGACCCCCCCCAGCUCCGGCAGAAAGGAGCAGAAAAAACCACCUCCUGCAGCAGCAAAGACUGAGAAAGGUGAGCAGCCAAAGUCUGGAGACAGAAGCGGUUACAGCAGUCCCGGCUCCCCCGGGACUCCAGGCAGCCGUUCCCGCACCCCCUCUCUGCCCACCCCACCAGCCAGGGAGCCCAAGAAGGUGGCAGUGGUUCGCACCCCACCGAAAUCUCCGGCCUCUGCCAAGACCCGCAUCCAGCCCUCGGCCGCGCCCAUGCCCGACCUGAAAAACGUCAAGUCCAAAAUUGGCUCCACUGAAAACCUGAAGCACCAGCCCGGAGGUGGCAAGGUGCAGAUUAUUAAUAAGAAGCUGGACUUUAGCAGCGUUCAAUCCAAGUGUGGCUCAAAGGAUAAUAUCAAACACAUCCCGGGCGGAGGCAGUGUGCAGAUUGUUAAUAAGAAGUUGGACUUUAGCAACGUUCAAUCCAGGUGUGGCUCAAAGGAUAAUAUCAAACACAUCCCGGGCGGAGGCAGUGUUCAAAUCGUUUACAAGCCAGUCGACCUGAGCCACGUGACAUCCAAAUGUGGUUCCCUGGGCAACAUCCAUCACAAACCAGGUGGUGGCCAGGUGGAGGUGAAAUCUGAGAAACUGGACUUCAAAGAUAAGGUGCAGUCGAAAAUCGGGUCCUUAGAUAACAUCAGCCACGUCCCUGGAGGAGGGAAUAAAAAGAUUGAGACCCACAAGCUGACCUUCCGCGAGAACGCCAAAGCCAAGACCGACCACGGCGCCGAAAUCGUCUACAAGUCCCCCACCAUCUCCGGAGAUGCCUCCCCACGCCGCCUUAGCAACGUCUCCUCCACCGGCAGCAUCAACCUGGUGGACUCCCCCCAGCUGGCCACGCUAGCCGACGAGGUGUCUGCCUCGCUGGCCAAGCAGGGCUUGUGAUCGGGGCACGGCGGCGACCGGGAGAGAAGACAAGGAAAGGAAACACACACACACACAGAAAAAAAAAAAAAAAAAAGGAAAAAAAAAAAGAAAGGAAAAUAAUAAUCUGGCCUUCUUCCUCUGUUCCUUUUACAGCUGCUUCCCCGUCCCUAACUGGUUAAUGAUUUAACCUGCUUUUACUGUUCAUUCAGCUCUAGCUCCAGGACUUCAAAAUCAGUGACACUAUGAGGUACAAAACCUCCUCUCCCCCUGCUCCUCGGAGCGCACAGCCCGUCCCUGUCCCCACGCUCCCCCUCGUUCCCCGCCGCGUCCCUCGCUGUCCCAGCCCUGCCCGGGCCCACCUGGGGAGGGGGCCCGAGGGGGCGGCCACUGCACGGCGCUGACCCGAGCACCCCACACCGGCACAGGGCAGCCCUCAGGGAAGGGGCUGUGACCUUCCCACCCUCGUCCCUCUGAGGAUGGCCGGGCUGGCCUGAGGGCCGGGGGCCGCGGGGAGGUGCCCUCCCUCCCCGCCUUAAAUUUGCCUGCCGAUUCGGAAGAAACCUUUUGUUUUUAUCUCCGAAAGCCGAGAUGUGUCUGAAGAUAACGGCCAGGUACCCCCCAACCCCGCUCUCAGCUCCGGCAGCUGGAGUACAGGCGACCCCGGGGUACCCGCUGCGGAGGGGCCCCCACGGCCCUUCCCCUCUCCGUGGCUGUGCUGGAACCGCUGAGUGGAUGAGUAGAGGCUUUUCCCCAUUCCUUUGGCAGCCCCUCGUGUCGUAGAGUAGAUUUGUCUGUAUAUGCUUGGACCGUGCCAGGGUGAUUGUUUUCAUAAACGAGCAUGUGUUUAAAAAAAAAAAAAAAAAAGAAAAAAGGAAAAUAAUAAAUGCUGUAAGUAGUUUUGAGCUGCCCCGCGCCGGCUCUGCCGCAGCCCAACCAGGAGGGGUCCAGGCCGGGCUCUGGGUUGUGCCAGCUCCAGGUUGUGCCGGGGCAGCCCGGCACUGCAUGUCUGCUGGGUGGGAGGUGGGCACAGAGCCGCUGCUUUGGGCUCCCCGGGGCCGGGCACCUCCCAGCCCCGCCGGGGUGUCAGAUGAGGGGCACUCACAGCUCCAGGGCUGGGAUGGCUCCUGGAUUUUGGGUGCAGCUUGUGACGUUUUUGGGUUGUUCUCUUUCUUUCCCUGCAAGGUCAGCUCAGCGAUGGCGGAGGCGGCAGCUCCGUGGCCCUGCUGUGCCGGUGGCAGCCGUGGGAGACCCCCGGGAGGACGCGGGGAAGGUGCAGCAGCUCCCCCAGCCCGAGCUCGGGGCCCGGCGGCUGCUCCCUGGCACUGAACCCCCUUCCUGGGCGCUCCCUGGGUUUGAGCUGGCAGCGUGUCCCCCCUCACAGUGUCCCCUCACUCAGCACUGACCGCCCCCGGCACCGCUCAGGGACAGGAGCCGGUUGUUUCUUUUGCUGCUUUUGUUCCUGUGGUUCCCUGGGGAGCACGAGGGGGUCCCGUGGCCGUCCCCGCCUGCCCCUUCCAUCUACAACCAAAGAGGCUGAGAUGCCACCAGUGCAGCUCUGUGUGUGUCCUCCUGGCCCCGUGUCCCCCAGAGGCACCAGCCGAGCUCUGGGGGCACAGUUGGCAGAGGGGGCACCGGGUGGGCCCCAGACCGUGCACCCCAAGGGGCUGUGCUGCAGGGAAAGCCGCGCUUUCCCGGCAAGGGCCGGAAUCCUGGUCUGACGGGGCUGGCAGAGGGUCAUGCUGGGGCAUGGGGCCCUGGUUGUCCUUGGGGAGGUGGCUGGGUGCCACCAAGGCUGCCAGAGCAGCUGUUCCUCCCAGGACAGGACUCACUCCCAUCCUGCAGGAGCUGCAGGCCUGCCUGUGUGCGCCCUGUGCCUCCGGGGAAAGCUGCUGGAUGCCUGGCUGGGGCUGGGGGAUGCCUGUUUGGGGAGGGCGGUGGGGUCCAACCCUUCUCUCCGCAGCCCCAGGAGCUGCUUUGCUGCUGGGGAGAGGCUGGUCCAGCAGCACCACCACGUCCAGCUUGUCUCUCGCUCCGUUCAGUUGACUCCAUGAUUGUAGCUGUGCUCCGUCCCUGACUCUGUAGCGCUGUAGGAGCCGCCGCGGUUCUUGUCCUCUGUAAAACGAGCAAGUGGGAGAACCCCGAAAGCAUCACCCCCUUUUAUAUAAUCCCUUCUGGGCUGCAGGACGGUGUAGCUGAGCUGGCCCACUCUGCCCCUGCCCUGUGCCACCCCCCGGCCCCUCUGUGCAGCCCCCAGGGGACACCAGCACCCAAGGGAGAGGGACAGGGACGUGAGCAGCCCCUUCCCGCUGCGAGUGUCCUCAGCCCCGCCUGCCGUCCCCUCCCGGGGGCUGUGGGGGGUCUCAGGACAGCCCUUUCCAUCCACUUUGUCGCCCGCUGUCCCCUCCACCAACCCGAGCCACGUCCCCCAGCCCUGACCCUGCGUUCAGACCCAGGCCUGAGGGUCCCCGUGAGCAGCCAGACCCCCCGGCUCUUCCUUUACUCCACACACAUCUUGGUCUGAAAAGGGUUAAAACCGGCACUGAUUAAAAAAAAAAAAAAAAUUAAAAUUUAAAAAAAAAAUAAAAUUCCUAUUUCUGCACUCCAAAAAGGAUCUGGUUGGUAGUGAAGGUCGGUGCCAGCCUGUGUGGUGUUGGCAGCUCCGUUGCCCCCCCCGCGCUGCGCCGGGGCAGGGAGGGAAGGUUUGAUCUCAGUGUAUCAUUCUAGCUUAGCUUCUGUCUGUGGGUGUCCAUAGUGUAUCGUGUGUUUAACAACUGGUUUACACUGUUGCCGUAAAAGUGAAUUUGGAAAUAAAGUCAUUAUUACGA